CGCGACAACAUCACAGAUUUUUCAAUCAGACAUAACCUAAAAAUAGAAAAAAUAUUUAUAAAAAAAGAAAAAAAGAGUUUACACGCUUGACACUGGGAAUAAAUUUAUAGGCAUAUGUCAUCGUGAUGGUUUUACUAGAAAAUGAUACGUUCCUUAGUGAAUUAACAAAAUUGUUUGACAAGUCAAGAUUGUCAGGCUCAGUUACUUUGACAAUAAAAAGAUAUAAUGGACAUAAUAAACCAGUUCCAAGAGAUGGUAAACCACCUCUACCAAAACCAACAGAAUACCUUUGUUUAGUCAGAGCAGCAUUACGUUCAAAAAAAAUAUCAACAAUUAUUCAUUCCAAGGAUGUUAAUAAAUUCCAGCAGGCAUAUUGGACUCAUUUAAAAUCAAACAUAAAUGGACUGAAAAAAUUAAAAAAAGUAAAAUCAGCAAAACCUAAAGCACAUUAA